UUGAUGACUUAUCAUGGAGUGACUUGAACUCACUUUGACUCAAAUAGUCCUGGCCUUCAGAGUCACACAACAAGUGGGAGCUUCUCUGCUGGCCCGACGAUUUUCGCGCAAUCCAUGAAGAUGGAAACUACAACAGUUGAUUACGACUACAGCAAUUACAGCGAUGGCAGUUUUGAACCGGUCUCUCCAUGUAGCCGGGACAGAGACAACAAUCUGGGAGCUCAGCUAUCCAUCCUUUACUACUUUAUGUUUGUCUUCAGUGUCUUUGGCAAUGGGCUGGUCCUGGUCAUCAUCCAUCGGUUUGAGAAGCUGACCACUGUGACCAACAUCCUGCUGCUGAACCUGGUCUUGUCCUCCGUGAUCUUUAUGAGCAGUCUUCCCUUCAUUGGAGCCUACAUGCAGCUCUCCAACUGGAUCUUUGGCAAAGUGAUGUGCAAGAUUGUUGGUAGUGUCUACUACCUGGGCUUCUACAGCUCUGUCCUCUUUCUAACUCUUCUGACCUUCGACCGACACCUUGCAGUUGUCUACUCCUUAGGUGUGUCACAAGUGAGGAAUCGAAGCUAUGCUGUGAUCUCCUGCGCCGUGGUGUGGCUGGUCAGUGGGUUGGCGUGCAUCAGGCCCAUGAUUCUCCACACCACAUUUUUCAAUCGGCUUGACAACAAAACCUACUGUGAUGAGUCUGAAUCUGACAUUCCUGGUAUUGAUAGUCAUCAGCUGAGAAAAUCUGGAUUUUACCUUCAGAUUUUCUUCUUGAUCUUCCCUCUGGCUGUUAUUGUCUACUGCUAUGUUAGGAUCAUAAUCACUGUCAUGUCAUCUAAGAUAGUUACCAAGUUCAAGACAGUCAGGCUGAUAUUCAUCAUUGUGCUGUUGUUUUUCAUUUGCUGGACUCCCUUUAAUAUUGUAAAGGUGAUCCAUGAUAGAGCCACUGACUGUGAGGAAGGACAGAGACUGGGCUAUGCACUUCAAUCCACUCGCACCUUUACUUACUUUUACUUCUGCAUCAGUCCCAUCUUCUACACAUUUGUAGGGAAAAAAUUCCAGAAUUACUUCAAACAGCUGCUGGCCAAACGCUUCCCAAGCUUAAAGCGUCACAUUUCUGUCAGUCAACACAGCAAAACCAACAUGUCCACAAAAAGUACACCAAAUAUGCUUUAGGCCUUUCUCAGGACUGACAUGUGUUUAACAAACCAUGAUUUGACAAGCUAUUAAACAAAGUGCCGUCUGAGUUUGUGGGGCUUUUUUUGGGACAGUCAAGGUGGAGAUCAAUAAUGUCUGCCUACAAUUUUUCUUGCAUUCAGAAAAAAGCAUAAAUAAAUAAUAUAAGCCAUGCUUUAUAACAAUUUCUUGAGAUCUAAGGUCCUUUUCUGCCAAAACCUCCUCAAGCUUUACUUUCCCAAGAACCAAGGUCCCUGGAGGAUUUGUGAUUUGCAUUUCCACGGUAGGGUCAAAGCUCCAAGAAGAUCAAUCAAAUUAGGCUGCGGAUGUAUUUAAAGUGCAAUGCGUGAUGGUGUGAAAUGUCUUGGGCAGCUCAAUCCUAGUUGUUUUUAGUCACAAGCGCACCUCUUUUGAUAUCAACUAUAUUCCUGUUAUCCACGUUUUCAACCAAACCAAAAGCAAACAGAGAGAAGUAGAAGUUGCCGCUCCAUCUUUGUAAAUGCAAUAUAUAUAGACUUUCUGUCGUUGAACAAUUACAUUUGCCUCCAAAGCAAGAGAAAUGUGUACACUGAACUAUUUGCACAUGAUGCCUUAGUGAUUUGCAAGGUUUGUUCUUGUUUGCCGUCUGGAUUACAGUAAAUCUUCCCAAACUGAUUUUAGUGACUUUACUCUCCACUAAUCAGGGUUUGAUUUAUUAAGCUCUAAGUCUGAUGAAGGUGAUAAACAUUGGACUCUUCUCUAAACCCCAUCUUGUGUUCAACAGCAAUGUUUUCUCCCCCCAGCGUAUGUCAGCUACACACCGUCUGAGCCUGCAAAGUGCUGCUUGUGACUAUUGAUUUUGCUCCAAUUUUAAUCAGUGUUCUUUAUGUUAUUGCUUUUUAGAACAUAUUUAUUAGACAGGUUUAUAAUGAACAAUGUUUUUUUUUGUAAAAUUGCUAUUGUAUAAUGUAAAAAAAACUGUUGAUGAUAAUAUAUUGUGAUGAUUCAUUGUUUGUCUGCUUAGUCAGACCUUACAUGAUGCCAGUUUGAACUUGGAAAGAAAACAGUGAGGAGGCAGCACCAAAAAGUGUUGAAGAGCUUUGCGGCUGCUUAGUGUUUGUUUCAUUUGGCCGCUGUUUUUGCUUGUGUAAAUCAAGUACUUCAUUAAAUCAACCCCCUUUGUAUUAGUAGCCUACAACAGGCGGGGUGAAUUUAAAUCAUUUCUAAACAUGCUAUUACGUUUCAUAUUUUUUUGUAUACAUGCACUUUAUUUGUUCAGCCAAUGCAAUUAUUUUUGUACAUGCAUUUGUUAUUAUUGAUUAUGACUAUUAUUACAUAUGUAAAUACUUUCGACACAUCUGAUUGUCUUUUUUUUUUAACAAAGACAAAUAUUUUCUACACAUGUAAAAUUGUUUUUCAUGAGCUUUUUCUUCAAAUAAAAACAAUCUCAGUGGCAUGAA